AUGCGCGGUUCUUUCACUCAUUCCUCAAUUCCCGCAAAGGUACAUCCAGUUGAAUUGUGUGCGAACGAGGAGAAAUUGUCAAAAAAGAAACCCUUUCAAUUACCCAUCACAACAAAGCUCACGAUGAGUGGAGAGACGCAAAUUCGCCGCCGCUCAUUUUGGUCGUUAAUGUUGGGCAAAAGGCGGAGUAAAGAUUUCGAUUUGAAAGGUCAUUCUUCGGGUGCUUCAGUCUCCCACGCACUUGUCGUCAUUUUUCUCGAAUAUUUCGCUUGGGGUCUCCUCACUGUGCCUGUGAUUAAUGUAUUGGCGGAAACAUUUCCGACAAACAAAUUUCUGAUGAAUGGUUUGGUGCUCGGGAUCAAGGGUAUUCUCUCAUUUCUCUCAGCUCCACUCGUCGGUGCAUUAUCUGAUAUUUGGGGUCGAAAAGUCUUCUUGAUUCUCACUGUUUUCUGUACAUGUAUGCCUAUUCCGUGUUUAAAAAUUAGUCCCUGGUGGUAUUUUUCACUUUUCUCAAUUUCGGGCCUCUUUUCGGUGACUUUCUCGGUGGUGCUCGCGUAUGUGGCCGAUAUUACGGAAAAACAGGAUAGAAGUGCCGCUUAUGGUUUGGUCUCGGCGACAUUUGCCGCUUCUCUCGUUACAUCACCGGCUUUGGGUGCGUAUUUGUCUGAAAGAUACAGUGAUGGAGUGGUCGUGUUUUUGGCCACUGCCGUCGCAGCUCUUGAUGUCUUCUUUAUCGUCUUUUUUGUGCCUGAAUCGUUGCCAAACAAGAAAAUGUCACAAGAUUCAUUCAGUUGGCAAACCGCUGAUCCAUUUGCAUCACUGCGAAUUGUUUGGGAUGAUAAAUUAGUCCUCCAAUUGUCGACGAUCGUUUUCCUUUCAUAUCUUCCCGAAUCCGGUCAAUUCAGCUGUUUCUUUGUGUAUCUCAAAUUGGUUGUCGGUUUUUCAUCGGAAGCUGUUUCGGCUUUUAUUGGAGUCGUCGGGAUUCUAUCAGUGAUUGCACAAACGGGUUUCCUGCUUUUGUUGACGAAUUGGUGGGGGACAAAACACACGAUAACACUCGGAUUGGUAUUCCAAUUAGCACAGCUGUUGUGGUAUGGAUUGGGGACACAAUAUUGGAUGAUGUGGGCUGCGGGGAUCCUAGCUGCAAUGUCAUCAAUCACAUAUCCAUCAAUAUCGGCUUUUGUAUCGAUUUUAUCGGAUAAAGAUCGACAAGGGACUGUGCAAGGAGUCAUUACAGGAAUAAGGGGAUUGUGCCAAGGCUUUGGCCCAGCUCUUUUCGGUUUCAUUUUCUAUCUAUUUGAUGUCGAUUUAAAUGAAGAUGGAGAUGGAACAGGACACCUUGGAGUUGGACCUCAAUUCCCCGUACCGAAUAUUCGACGGAUAUCCUAUCAAUCGAACGAAAAAGUGCUCACGCCGAGAAGAAAUGAAACAGUUAUCACAGAUAAGCCGGCUUUCGAUUGGCAAUUGAUACCCGGUCCGCCAUUUGUUGUCGGCGCUUUGUUAGUGUUGUUGGCUUUGUUGAUCAAUUCGACGCUGCCAAUGCUGCCUGCGGGCGGCAAAUAUCUCCGUCGCCAGGGUUCUCUUACUCGACAAGGAUCCGAUACAACGAGACUCAUUUCGGGUGAUUCCCAUUUG